CCGCAGUUCCGCAAUUUCAAGAUCAUCUACCGCCGCUACGCCGGCCUUUACUUCUGCAUCUGCGUCGACGUCACCGACAACAACCUGGCUUACCUCGAGGCCAUCCACAACUUCGUGGAGGUCCUCAACGAGUAUUUCCACAACGUCUGCGAGCUCGACUUGGUCUUCAACUUC